AUCUCCAAUGGGAUCAUUGCAAAUACACGUCUGCGUAACACAAACAAUCUUGGAGGCUUCUUACAAGGCUGACUUUCAGUGUUUAAGCUACACAAUAAUACAAUUCUAUUCAUGUGAUCAGUGUACAAAAAUCUACUUAAUAAUUAUUUUAGACUUUAGAUCAUUUAAAUUUUUUUUUUUAAUAUUAUGAAAUCUGUGUUAUGUUUAUCAGCAUGAGGAAGGGACAUUGAGCGAAAGCAUAUUGGAUAAUAAAGAAACCGGGCAGGUCAAAAGUUUUUAUCCCUCUUUGACUGAUUAGAAAUUAGGGUUAGAAGGUAGCCUAAUAAGUUUCUUAGGAUUUAAAAUUUGUAAUAUUAAUGCUUAGUUAUGCCUUCAAAUGGAACCACAUUGUUGCUUGAUAGUUAAACCCUAGUGUAUGUUUUCCAGUGCACACAGUGUACAUCGAAUAAGGGUGCAGUUCUCUCGAAUUCGGCUCUCGGAAGUAGACAUGUAGCUUCAAAUAUCACAGAACCUGACUGUCAGUAGUCACGCCUAAGUGAUAAUCUUAUCAUUGGUUUAAAAUGUACUAAAUAAGUAGGCAUAAUUAUACACCUACCUAUAGAUUUAAACAUUCAGACAUUGGGGUAAUUUAGUGUUGCCAAUCCACCGAGCAUGUUUCUGAGUGGUGGGAGGAAACCAGAACACUCAACAUGUAGUACUCCACACAGACAAUUCUGAGCUCAGGAUCCAGACAGGGAAAAAAAAAGAGCCGUGAGGCCGUAAAACUACCUGCAGCACCAUUAUGUCACAUGUUAAACCUCUGGAAAAAAAAACAACAACAGUAUCUUCCUGUUCAAGGCAAGGCUCAUGUUCAAGCCAGACCUUUCCCUGCAGUUCAGACCCAUUUACAGUAUACAGUAUAGAGUUUCUGUGAAAACUGGCAGAUUUUUCAUCCUGAAGGUCAUCUGCACUUUUAAUUAAUUAUUUUUGUUGGUAGUCUGCUUCUGCUGGUGUGACUGGUAUCUAGAUGUUACUUCAUUAUUAAAGUUUGGGAAGAAAUGCCAUUUACUGCAGAUCUGUCCGUGAUCACAGGGGUUUUACAUUCAACAUUUAAAAUAACAACAUGGAGAGUUCCCUAAAUGAACUGUUUGUAAAAUUUGGAUAUUCGUCUGCUAAAUUACUAAGUAUUACCUCAGAAUCGUUUCCACUGCUGUUGCCCCAUUAUAAAAAACAAACUCAUAAUUAUCCAUGUUUUCAUACUCAGCUUUAUUUACACAGAAAUCACAAAGUUGACAGUUUGAAGAACCAGUUAAUUUAGCAUUUACAGGAUUAAAAAAAAUAACCAUAAUGAAAAAAUAGUUAUCGAUACAACUGUUUUGUUCUUCAUCUUACAUGGCUGAUCCUGAGAAUGCCAGAGCAAAAAAAUGAUGAACAAAAUAAAAGUAUUGCGCACAUGUUCGGUGACCUGUUAUUUUUGUAAAGGGGCGUCUUCACCACGCCUCCAGAAACACCAGUUUUACAUCACAGUACUGAAACCCUUGGAAUUUAGUGAAUGCCAGAUGGGGCAAAUCUCUUAAUUCUUCUAUAAACACAUCUUAUCCUUGCAUACUUCCCUCACACUGAAGUGGGUGGAGCUAAGAUGCAAGGAAAGGACGUGAGUGAGUGAAGUGCACAAGCAAAGAAUGACAAGCAUCCUGUUACGCCUUCGUCAUUUCCUAGGAAACGAAACUAGAAAGCUAUGCCAUUGCAGUUGAACUCAACGAGGAAAACGAAAGAGAAGGUUACAUACAAAUACAUUCAAACACAGCAUGUAUACAUAUAACGCUCCUGUUCUCCAACUGCACACACUGUACUUGUGAAGACUCCUGGAGAUAAAACAGACGUUUACCAGUUAUUGCUAUGUCACCAAGGAAGGAACACAAAAAGGUAGAAGUUGAAGGAAUGAAUAACAGCCUAAACCAGCACUAUGAGGACAAGGUGCGUCCCUACAUUGAUCUUGUGGACAAACUUAGAACACUGGGAGUAGAGAAGGACCUGAACUUGCCAGCCAUUGCUGUUAUAGGUGAUCAGAGUUCAGGAAAGAGCUCUGUAUUGGAGGCCCUUUCAGGAGUGGCUUUGCCUAGAGGCACAGGUAUUGUGACACGCUGCCCUUUGGUGUUGAAACUAAACAGGACUGAAAAGGGUACCACAUGGUCUGGACUUCUCACAUUCAAGGGCCAAGAAAAGAACCUUCUCAAGCCAUCAGAUGUGGGGAAUGCUGUUUCAAAUGCUCAGAACGUCUUGGCUGGAGAGGGGAAGGGAAUCAGCCAGGAGAUGAUCUCUCUGGAGAUAAAAUCCAGUGAAGUUCCUGAUCUCACCCUCAUUGACCUGCCAGGCAUUGCCAGGGUGGCAACAGGAGACCAGCCGUUUGACAUUGAGAAGCAGAUCAAAGAUCUCAUCGAGAAAUUCAUUAAGAGACAAGAAACUAUUAGCUUGGUGGUUGUGCCUGCAAACAUUGACAUUGCCACCACUGAGGCACUGCAGAUGACAAACAAAGUGGAUCCAAAUGGGCAAAGGACUCUGGGCAUCCUUACCAAGCCUGACUUGGUGGAUAAAGGUGCAGAGGAGAGUGUUGUAAAUACAGUAAAUAACCAGGUGAUCCCACUGAAGAAGGGCUACAUGAUCGUGAAGUGCCGUGGCCAGCAAGACAUCAAUGAGAAUCUGAGUCUGUCUGCAGCUCUCCAAAAAGAGCAAGUCUUUUUUCAGGAGCAUCCACAUUUCAGACCUCUCUUGGAGGAAGGCAAAGCCACAGUGCCUGUACUUGCAGAGAGACUGACCAGGGAACUGGUAGAACACAUUAAUAAGUUACUCCCACAGUUGCACAAACAAGUUGAGGUCAAAUUGGAGAAAACAGUUAACGAUUUGAGAAGGCUUGGAGAUGGAGUUCCUCAAGAGGAACAUGAGAGAAACAACUUUCUUAUUGGGAAAAUCAGUGACUUCAACAAAGUCCUUACAGAUGUGAUGAGGGCAGAGGAAGACACCAAAAACUCAGAGCCCAAAGUUUUUACUAAAAUCAGGAAAGAGUUUGGAAAAUGGAAACAUCACCUGGAUGACCGGGCUAUCGAACUCGAGGAAACCCUCCGGGAUGAAGUUGAAGAGUACACCAAGACCUGUAGGGGAAAGGAGCUUCCUGGAUUUGUUAAUUACAGAACGUUUGAAAACAUUGUCAAGAAACAUGUACAGGAACUGGAGGAGCCUGCUAUAGAAUUACUGAGAGACAUCAUUGAAAUUGUUCACUCCUGUGUGAACAAGGUGGUCAGCUCCCAUUUUGAGGCCUUUCCCAACCUGCUGAGGGCAGCUAAAGAGCCGAUCGAGGAUCUGCUUGAGCAGGAGCAUGGAAAAGCCCUACAGACGGUAAAAUCUCAAUUUAAAAUGGAGAAGAUUGUGUAUUCACAAGAUCGCCUCUACAGCCGCCAGCUAGAGGCCGUCAAACUGAAACCAGAGCCGACCAAGCAGAUUUAUAACUCAAGAGGUCACCUCGUCCCAAAGACAGUGAGUGCUGACGUCAGGGAGAUGGCACAGCACCUAAACGCCUAUUUCAUGAUCACCUCUGACCGUCUGGCCAACCAGGUGCCCCUUAUAGUGCAGUACCAUGUGCUGGACCAAUACUUUUCUCAGCUUCAGGCCGCAAUGUUGCGCAUGAUCGGAUCCCAGAACGCUGAGAAGCUUAUCCGAGAGGAUUCUGGUGUAGCUCAUCGUAGGAGGAGCUUGAAGGACCGUCUGGAACGUCUUAAAAAAGCACGCCAGCUCUUGUCCAAGUUCUUAAUGUCUGUCUCAUAACUGAAUCCGAAUUAUUAAGCAUCAUUAGAAGGAUGAAGGAUUAGAAGGAGGACCUUAAGGCAGUAGACUUUCAUUUGUUUUAUUGCAAUAUUACAGUCUUGUUUUAUUCACAAUACUGUAACUUUUGUCUGCUUUGUUAGAGUUAGCUAAAACAUAUUACAUGUAUGUGUGUGUAUAUAUAUAUAUAUAUAUAUAUAUAUAUA